AUGGGCAAUAUCUUUGUCGAAGCCUUUAGAAAGAGGUUUAUUCAGUUUAGUCCCCUAGCCACUUCCAAUAUUCGAGAUUUUAUUGGUAUUAUUGAUCCCUGUAUUUCUAGUGAUGACAACCUAAAGCUUAUGGCUCAUGUCUCGGAGUUGGAAAUUUUUGACGCUGUGAAAAGCAUCGGUGCUCUUAAAGCUUCUGGACCUGAUGGUUUACAUGCAAUUUUUUUCCAUCAGUUUUGGGCUGAAACCAAGCACCUGCUCUAUCAAUUAGUCAACGAUUUCUUUGUGAAUAACAUCCCUCUAAACCCUAUCAAUCACAAAAAUAUUGCUCUUAUCCCUAAGAUUGAUAACCCCGAGAGUGUGGAUCACUUUAGACCUAUUAGUCUUUGUAAUGUAGUUUACAUGGUUAUCAUUAAAAUUGUCAUUACCAGACUUCAGCCUAUCCUUGCUAAGUGA